GGGAGCUGGUUCUCCGCUUUCGCUCCGUUUCGGCCGUUAUCGGUUUUCGUCGGAUAUUUCUGUUUUUUUUUUUUACGUACACUGACACAAUCGUUGCAUACGCGUUUCCGUCCCCAGGUGCUUGCAUAUAAUUCAACGACGAAUCGACAGAUAAUCUAGUGUUGGACAGAACGUGUGGCAAAAAAGGAAGGAGAGACAGGUCGUUGCACUUGCUACGGUAUCGAGCGUCGCUUUAUUAAAUUUCAGCGUGUGAUUUGUGUUUAUCGACCGCGCCUCGAUACCGUUACCCUUGACAGUACGACGUCUCAUUACAUUCCUUCCACGUUUAAUGUUGAUGAUUACUCGUUUUGUGCUGUGAUUUUUUACAAACUUCCAAACGAUUCCUGUGAACAAACCACGAUUUUAAAGUGCAAGAAAUAUCUGUGAUAUCCAUCGUGAAACGGUGUUAAGUGUGAACGCGGGGCAUUUAAGCCGACCUAUUUAUGUCUUAAGUGAAUUGACUGAAAAACACGUCUGUACAAGUUCUAGUGAAGAAAGUGUAUAAAGGACGUCAGUUGAAGGUGGUACUGUAUUUCGACUCGUCUGUAGCCCUAUCGACGCAUCGUACGGCCUGACAGCCGCAGUUGGGGUCACAGUAGAAGCAGUUCGCACGAAAAUUCCAGCGAUUAUGCGUACAGUGAGCGAAGCGAUGAAACAUCGUGCGAUCAGCUGACUAGCUGAAAUAUUCGGCGGCCGUGAAUACUCCGCCGGUAACGAGAAUCGGCAGAGAACGAACAAGGAUUCUCAGCAGCGGCAGGAACGAUUAUCUACCUGCUCGGUUAUGACGUUCGGUACGCCGUUUCACACUGAGAAGUCGCAGUUUACCAGCGGUAACUUUGCCCGGCCCAGCGCGAUGGCGGAUGAGGAGGGUACGCUCAGCGGUGGACUUGGUGCGAAAUUAAAAUGUCCGACUCCUAUAUCGCGAUUAAGGGUGGAAAAGAUCGAGGGUGGCCUGAUGGUAGCUGGAGUCGUAAUAGCUGCGAACUGCCAAAUUGCUCUUCCAGCAUUCGGGUUUCUCUUUAUGCUUGUCGGCGCUGUGCUCACUGCUGCUUCCUAUCGAGGACCUGGUGAAGACGAGGACAAGGAUUCGUAUGCAGCUAGGAUCGCGUUCACAGGGAACUCGCGUAUCCUCGGCCCGAUUUGUAUCGUGGUGGGUGCACUCAUGCUUACUCUAGGAGUGUUACUAUGCAUGCUCACCAGGAGGGCGAGGAAAACAGAACGUAGGGUCGGCUUCCAUUGCCCUCUUCAUGGGGAUUUUUACCCCUUAAGUCCUGUCCAGGGUGUCAAGAUGCUGGGUAUGUCAGGUAAAGAUGUUAGCGGAUGGUCAAAAAUUCCCUGCCUGAAGGGACGUUCCUCAUGUAAAAAUGAAAGUGCAUCUGGCGGUGCACAUGCUAGCCCACCACAAUGUCCACACUCCGUCUUAAGUAGCACGCGAAGUUCGGUGAGCAGUUCGCCUCUGAGUCCGUGUCCAACACCCAUGCCAUUUUUGGUUACUUCGGGUUCAGUCAGUAGCGGGAUGGUGCAAAUCGUUGGUGCUAAUUUAUCGCCAGACCAAACAUUCGGAUCGAUUCGUUCGCUAUCGGUGACUAGAGAAGUUGCCAGCUUUCCUCUAUCAAGGACACCUACGCCACCUAGGGAACACAGGCCCUCCAUGCUGACGAACACAGAGCAUCUAGGAAACGUAAGCAGCCCAGUCAGAGAAGCGUUACCCAGACCGAAAGUACGUGUAGUGGCGCCAUCGCACCGACCUCAAUCAACUCUUGUGAUGACGAACGUCGUCACUAAUGGAUCAGCGAAUCGCAAAUCGGUUAGCAUACUGCUUCCCGAGCACUCGAGUGGAUGACCCCUACAGCAACACGGCUUUGUGCAUCGUUGCGAUAAGGAACACCCAUCAAUUUAGAAUCGACAAGAACCGAGACGACGAGGGAAACGAAGUGGGAUCGAUUGCUCAACGAAAAGACAAAAAUCGAAUAAUUUUUGUCGGGCAAUUGAUUGUCCAGUUUUUAAGGGAGUCGGUUAUGGCGUACUUUUCAGCCACAAGUAACUCUUAAGAAACCCAGACGGUCUGAUUCUAGUUUCAGUGAACGAUGCUUGCAUACGAUGUUGGC